AUGAAUAAGCAAUUGUCAUCGGCAAUUGUACCACCAGAAUACGAUGAGGAAUUGAAUCAUUUGUUUUUUGUCAGAGAUAUUCCUGUGCAAAAUGAUAAUCGCAUGAAAAAAUCUAAUUUACGAAAGAAUUUUUAUAACAUCUAUAAAGCCUUCGUUGAAAAUCGGCAGAAUUUAAUCAAUGAAUUGAGGAAUAUUGCAGAUAAGUCGAUAUGCGUUAAAAAAGGCUGUACUAUUUCUACAAUGACUGGAAGUUCAAUUGGUAUUGCUGGUGGUACUGCAGCGAUUGCUGGAACUGUUGUAUGUCCACCGUUACUUCUCGGAGGAUUGGUUGUUGCUGGACUUGCUACAGCUUCAAAUUUGGGGACGCAAUUGACUGAGUUCAUGCUUUUUCGAAAUAUGGUCAAAAAGGUAGAACUUCUGUCAAAAUACGACAUCGAGUUGAUGAAAGAUAUUGAAGACAUUUAUCAGGAUGCAUUGAAUUCUGACUUGUUUGAAACAAAUGAACAAUCUGAAGGGACUUCCCAGACCAUAGACACCGCAACAAAUGACCUCUCAUCACUAGGACUUCAAAUUGGCGCUAGUGGUGCGAAAGGUGCAACCGCUUUGGGCUUACGAACUGUUGGAAUUCAAGUGACUCAAAUUGGAAGUACACUGAUGCGAGGCGUUGCACGUGGUGCCAUUGGAAUUGGUGUUAUUAUCGAUGGAGUGACGAUGUUUCUUUCAGCGCGUCACAUAGCGAAAGGUUGCUCAACAAAAUUUAGUGAUUGCUUAAAUAAUCUUGCAGAUUUCAAAGAAAAAGAACUGGAAAAAAUUAUGACUAGGAUUGAUUUAAGUAAUUUACUUGUAGAAGAAUAA